CGUCUCGCUGUGUUCUGCCGUGACCUCCGCGCGCACACGGAGGAAGCGCGCAGGGAUGACGUGUGUGAGGGAGUCGGAGCUCUUUGGCCGUGGAGCGAUGUCACGCUCAGAUUUCUGCGAGUUUCCGUGUGAAACGCAGACGUGAUCACGCAGCGUGGAUUACUCACCUGUCUGCGGACACUGAUCGGUAACGGACUGUGAGUGCAGCGGAACCGGAUCCUGGACUCUCAGCAUUUAUGGUCACAUGAAUGUCAGCGCUGCAGGCCAGAUGCCGGCGAUGGCGGAGCUCAGUGGUGAGAGCGAUAGCAUGCCAAAGCGGAUGGCCCUGAUCUGCUUCCUGUCUCUGGUCAUGCUGAUGAGCAUCUUUGGAAACCUGCUGGUCAUGGUGGCCGUCUGCAAGGACAGACAACUCAGGAAAAUCAAGACCAACUACUUCAUCGUGUCGCUGGCGUUUGCCGAUUUGCUCGUGUCGGUGCUGGUGAUGCCGUUCGGCGCCAUUGAGCUGGUCCACCAGCACUGGAUCUACGGCGAGACCUUCUGUUUGGUGAGGACUUCUCUGGAUGUUCUGCUCACCACCGCGUCGAUACUACACCUGUGCUGCAUCGCCCUGGACAGAUACUACGCUAUCUGCUGCCAGCCUCUGGUCUACCGGAACAAAAUGACACCCAUGCGAGUGGCUUUAAUGAUCGGUGGCUGCUGGGUCAUUCCCACUUUCAUCUCCUUCCUGCCCAUCAUGCAGGGCUGGAACAGCAUCGGCAUCGACCACCUGAUUAACGAGCGGCGCUUCAACAACAGCAGCAACACCACGUCCUGCGUCUUCAUGGUCAACAAGCCGUACGCGCUCACCUGCUCCUUGGUGGCCUUCUACAUCCCUCUGGUCCUCAUGGUGCUGGCCUACCAGAGGAUCUACAUCACAGCCCGGGCGCACGCCCUGCAGAUCAGCAUGCUGCAGCGGGCCGGAGGAGCUGGUACCAGUGCCGCCGGGACUUCUGGUGGGGUCGGCGCCGGUGCACCGGAUUCUGCCGACCAUCAGCGCAACCACCGCAUGCGAACAGAAACUAAGGCGGCAAAGACGCUGUGCAUCAUCAUGGGCUGCUUCUGCCUGUGCUGGGCGCCGUUCUUCGUUACCAAUGUGGUGGACCCCUUUAUAGACUACACCGUGCCCGAACAGCUGUGGGCUGCCUGCCUGUGGCUGGGCUACAUCAACUCCAUGCUGAACCCCAUCCUCUACGCGUUCCUAAACAAGUCCUUCCGCCGUGCCUUCCUCAUCAUCCUGUGUUGCGGGAGGCAGAGGUACCGCAGACCGUCCAUCCUCGGCUCCGGCGCUCCGUGCACGGCCACGCAGAUCAACGGCUCCACGCACGUGCUCAACGGCUGUUCCUCUGCCUCCAAGCUGCUGCUCUGGUUCUGCAACACCAGACCAGUGCCUGUCUAGCUGCUGUCUGUCUCAAGGCUCUAUCAAGUAUUGCGUGCUCCACAAUGGGAACCACUCAGAGCAGGAGAAGAAGUCCCUGCACACCCACAUAGAGUCUCACGAGUCCUGCUUGUGACCAACGACACGGACACCGCCGCCUUCACACAUCUGGAGCUGAAAUCCGUCAUCGAUGCUACGAAUCCAGAGCCCAGCAGGACUUUAGCGGUGUGUCAGAGGGGCGGGGCACUGCCAGUGGGCCAUCUGGUUUCAAAGCUCCACCGAGACUUGACCCGCCCGUGAGGCGUGCAUGUAAAGCCAGCGCUGUGUCGCGUUGGUUCUGUCGUCCGCAGAGGCCGGGUGACCCCAAGCGGAACCAGGACGGCGAUGACAUCAGCGGGCCGCUGGCCACCACACAUGGCGGUGGCGUCUGUAGGAGGAUGUGAUUAAUGACUUGGAAGUGAAUCAUGUGGCCAAAGCGUUCUGAUGACACUCAGCGGACCCGUUUGUGAUUGCGUUGAUUCCACGAUCUCCCUGUAAAUGAGCCUUUAAACCAAGUGUUUCAGUUUCUAACUGUGCUUUUUCUGAAUAUCCACACAAAGUCUCAUGAAUCCUCACUCGGCCGAGAGCAAAAGGCUGCGUUUAAGCCUUGAUUUAAACUGUCCAAGUGCAUUAUUACAGAGGCUGGUGUGCUCAUACGCCACCAUCUGAGUGAUUGUCUCUCUUCCACAGUGAGAGCUGCAAUGAGUGAUUGGAAGUGUUGGUCGUUUCGGUGUUGUCAGAGGUGUUUGUGAGGCUCUCAAAGGUGAUUCAGCCCGUGUUACAUCCAUCCCACCCUGACGCACCACGUCCCCUCUGCAUAAACAAGUGUCUGCAUUUGCUCUCAUGAAACCUGAACAAGCCAACCGCUCGCAGUCACGUCUGUUUCCCUGCGUGCCUCCAUGCAGGACUCUUCCUGCUGCUGCUGCUGCUGUUGUGUUUUUUCUCAUUAGCACGAGAAAUCGGAUUAAAGGCUGUCACACAUCGGCCGUGUCAUUUCACACGAUGAAUUUGUCCCAUUUGUUUUUCCAGAUUAAGCUGAGUCUGACCAAUCGGAUCACUGCGUUUGGUAACAAAUCGCAGCAUGUGAAAAAUUCCAAAUUUAGUUUUUUGCAACGCGCUCGGUGCGCAAAGGCCUCAAGUCGAGGAAGCUUCCGUUAACGCGGCCUAGCACCUCUACAGUCUCUGAGCGCUACGACACGCAGGACGCCAGUUAAAAGUAAACUCACCAGAGCAUGAAUGUCACCGCUAUCGUCCCCUAUCACCCUCACUUGUGCUGAAGGUGGCUGAGAGACUUGGGCAUGUGAGGCUCGAACUGCAGCUCUGUGACGUGUAUAUCUUCAUUUUACAGUCGGUGAUUUCUUAGGCGCUCACAGGCAGGUCUGACGCACCCGGUUAAAUGGUGACCCGGCUCCAAAACACACACAGUGUUAGAAAAUAGCAGGAGGCGAAAGAGAAGCACGAUCCAGAGGCAGAUCCUGUGCCUUGGCGGGACAAUGAUGAAAUUAAAGUUGCUGCCGCGGCUUCUCUGCCACUGAUUUAAAUUGGCCCUUUUUGCUAACAUUGUGGUCGUGACAGUCCAACGAACCCAGGUCACUCCAGGGCUGCUUAGUAUCUGCUUACUGUGGAGAUUUGUGGUCCUCUUUUGGUCAAAAUGUUCUUCACAAAAAAAUGAUUGAAGGUUUGACUGUGAGCAAACAUGAAAGUUUAACAUUGGAGCAGGCUCUCCUCCUGCUCUCUUUACUGGAAACAGUGGUGCUGGAGCACAUUCAGCUAAUUCUACUUCUUGUUUCUGGCUCUUCUUUUUUUUGCUGAUAAAAACAUCUCUCACUGCACAGAGCUGUUAAUAAAAAGAUAUCUAUAAAGCAACAAAAUUCAGAGACCAAGGCUGAUGUCAUACAGAGGCAGAGACAAACAGUCCUCUCAGAUCUCUUAAUCAGAGGGACGCACUGCUGAGCGCUGAUGCUGCGGCACAAAGACAUACGAGGGGCUCUUGACACGGAAAGGUAAUUAGACAUCAUCAGAGAUGGCUAAGUGGAAAUAUCCAACCACGUUCAAGCUCCCAGACUGACAUCAACACCCAUGUUGUUCCGGCACGCGGGUGGAUGUCAGCUGCAGUUGGAUAUGUGCAGAUGGUGAGCGUGGUCAUAAACACAGUUUUUCGGUUAUGCUUUGGCCUGCAAAUGCACGGCGAGGCCGGUAACGUGGGCGUGUUUUGUUCCUACGCGUAUCUGUGGACUCGAGUAUCACUUUAAAUUUAAAAGACAUUGAAAUUAAGGCCUCAUUGUUCCGUGUUUACACCAACUCAUAAGAAUUCAUGAGAAAACAGCGUGCCCAGACCGUGGUUAGACCUCGGUUCAUAAUGUACUUGCAAUCGAUUCUCCAAAAUUGAAAAGCAGUUGGCUUUCAGGGCUCAGACGCGUUCCACCUCUGCCCACAAUCCUUUGCAAUUUGGAGUAAUUUCCUGUAACCGGAUCAGAUGCUGUUCUCACUGCUCGCCUCUCUGAAGGUGCAGCUCCAACCCAGGCUGCCUGUUUCUGUGCCUGUGUCCCUGAGAGCGGGAGAGCAGGGCAAUAGGUUCGUAAAGGGCCGUGAAGAUUUUAGCAAACAGAAAAUAUUCUUCAAAGCUGCUUUUGUCAUGAAAAGUUCCUGAACUGUUCCUGAUGUGGAGCCCAAACAGGAAGUGUGCAGUUUAUCAAAAUGAUUUCUCAUUUAUUGUUAUUGUUAUUAUGAGUGUGACACCAGAGUCCUCACACAGCUGAUCUUUAAGUCGUCCAGUGUUCUGAGCAUCGGUGACAUGAAGCAUGCGUGCGAGAUAAUCCGAGCCAGUUGGCGAGCAGCAGCAUCACCUCCUUCUAAAGUGAAUUCUGGCUUUAAGCAGCUGAUCCGUCCCUCACUAACAUCGCUGCAGAUGGUGUCUCUGAAUCAUCAGUCUUCCUUUUAACUGUCUGUCUGUGACAUCAGUCGGUGCCCGUCCUUGUGUGUGUUGUAAACCUUAGCUCUCCAACCUUUGCAAACUCUAGUGGGACAGUUUUUUUUAAACAGACCAAAAGCAUCACCUGUCUGUUUGGAGAGCAAGUGUGAGGUCAGAGGGCCAUGCAGCCAAACUGGAAACGCCUCCAUGAUCCCACGUGUGAGGACAUGUAGGUCUUAUCAAGUCUGACGACAGCCUUGGAUUAGCGCUGCGUGCUCACGCUCAGAGUUCUGCAGAGGAGCUCAAGUCUCUCGUUUAAUGUUCGGCUUUGUGACUACAGAGGUCAGUUUCUACUCUCCGUUUCUACUCUCACUAGAGCCUAAAAGCACAGGCAGCAGCAGGAUGUAGUGGGUAUUUAUUAAUCUGACCACACAAAGUUUGUUCCUGCGGUUAAAGGAAGGAGACAGAUGAGUUAAAUUUCAGCCUGUUCAAAGCAUUUAGAGAGAGAAACACAAAAACACAACAAAUCUUAUUAUCUUGGGGGCUGUGACUGCACUACACCUUCAGUGUGUUCAUAACCUCCAGUUUAUCCACUGCGAUCAACAGGGUUCUUCUUUCGUGAGCUCACACAUCAUCUUGGGACCGAAGUUCUCGGCAGAGCAGGCGGAGGACGCCCCCCACAUGCUUCAGCGUUUCAUGGCUGCUGUCCAAGUCCUGCUUUAUAGGAAACACAGCUGGAUCUUUCAUUGAUAGCGUUGACAGAAUCAGGAUAAAGACUUCCAGCAGAGUGCAGAAUGUAUGCAUGCAGCAGGAUGUGAACAGCAACUGUCGGCUGCUCUUCUAGUGCGUCUUCCUCCUGCUCUGAAUCACGUCUGCAGAACCCGUCAGAGGUUUGGAGCAAACCUCUGACGGGUUCUUUAACUUCUGUUCACAGCCUGCAGCAUGAAUGUGUAUAUAAACUAAACAUAUAACUCCCAUAACCUGUCCAAAGGAGACAAAAUGACUUUUAUAAAACUCUUCAGUAUUUAUUUUGACAGAACAAAAUGGGUAUUUUCAUGUAUUAAAAGAGCAGAAAAGCUUCUCUUUCAGGGAGCUGACAUGUGUAUGACUUUGUUUCUGUUGCUAUGUGACAGUUCUGAUAAAGGAGAA